CCUGAACCUCCAUUCACAAAUGUAGGCCUUGAUAUCUUUGGACCAUGGACCAUUAGUACACGUCGCACGAGAGGAGGAAGUGCUAAUAGUAAACGGUGGGCAGUCCUUUUCACUUGUAUGUCAACCAGAGCUGUGCACAUAGAGCUGGUGGAAUCCAUGUCAACAGAUAGCUUUAUCAACUCUCUGAGGAGAUUUUUUGCUAUCCGUGGUCCUGCUAAACUUCUCCGAUCUGACAGGGGAACCAACUUUGUGGGUGCAUGCAGAGAACUGAACAUCAUCUCCAAAGAGGCAGUGGUUGAAUCCUAUCUCCAAAGCAAAGGAUGCACAUGGAUCUUUAACCCACCACAUUCAUCACACAUGGGUGGUUCAUGGGAGAGACUUAUCGGUGUAUCCAGACGCAUUCUGGAUGCUAUGUUACUUCAAACAGGACACACUCAUCUCACAGACGAGGUUUUGAGCACUCUCAUGGCUGAAGUCAUGGUGAUUAUGAAUGCCAGACCUUUGGUGCCUGUGUCUAAUGAUCCUGAGAUGCCAACAAUCCUCACUCCAGCCAUGUUGCUUACUCAAAAGACAAGCACAGUGUCAGCUCCUUCUGGUGAAUUCAAGAUGGGUGUUCUCCAAGGUAAACAAUGGAAACAUGUCCAGUGUCUUGCAGACACUUUCUGGAAGAGAUGGAAACAAGAAUAUUUGUCCACUCUACAAGUGCGCAGGAAAUGGACUCAGCAAGAGAAAAACAUAAAGAUCGGAGAUGUUGUUUUGCUUAAAGACAGUCAAGCCCACAGGAACGAUUGGCCCAUUGGAAUUAUUGUGAAAACCUUACCAAGCAGUGACAAAAUUGUACGCAAAGUAGAAGUGAAGACUACAAAAGGGGGACAUGCCAAGAUUUUCCACAGACCUGUCUCAGAAAUUAUUGUUCUGCUUUCUGAAGGCUUUUGAAGAUGGACAGAGACAGUUUUCUAUUCUUAUGGUGUCAAAAUAAUAUUUUGCCAAGCGGGGAGUGUGCUGACUCCAUCAUUAUGUUUUGUUUGGUUGGUAAAUUUUAAGUUAAACUAUGGACCCUUACUGACACCUAGUGGACAUUGUUUACAUAUUUAAUUCGAUCAGUCAAGCAGAACUCGUCCAGCUGUACGGUUGGUGUCUUCGUCUGUCCUUCAGACACGUUUGUUCCUUGGACACUAUUUGUCUGUAAGUUCAUUUUAUUAAUCGAUAUUCCAGCAUUG